AUGGCAGAAUCAAUCCCUAGCUGGGCUAAUAACCUUUGUGAUCCCGACUAUGCCAAGAAAAUAAAAGUCAUCUCUUCCAAUUCCUUGCCACUUCCACCAGGAUUUAAAAGAGCAUCCAUCACCAAUGCAAAAGGUGUAAGUAAAGGGCCCCAGGCGGCUCAAAAGGAAGAUCUCGUUAAACUAGUGGUUCAAAAAGCAUGGCAAAUCGCAUUCCAACCUGCGAAGUCUAUUCCAAUGAAUAUGGUUGUCUCCUACAUGUCCGGUUCGUCAUUGCAAAUAAUAUCCAUAACGACUGCCGUUAUGUUCGUUUCGAAUCCUAUCAAAAGUAUUGCGAGCAUAAGGCAAACUUUUAAGCCUGUUCAGGGAAAUAAAGGAGCAGAAUCACAAGUUAUGCUCGCCAUGGCCAUAUACAUAGUAUUUCAAAUCAUACUAAUGGGCAUCGGUAUACAUAAACUCAACUCCAUGGGCUUAAUUCCUAAUACCAAGAGCGAUUGGCUAUUUCUAGAGAAACCUACUAUGUACAAAGAAAAAUCUUACGGAUUUUGA